CCUCCACCUUUCACAUAUCCACAGUCCUCCACGAUCCGAGUCGAGCACUGCACCGCAGUUCUCCUCCGCAUCACCCACCGCACUCGAAUGUCACUUGCUCCCGCCGCCGCGACGGCCGCCGCCGCCGCCGACCCUCGUCCUCCUUGAUGAAUACUGCGUCCCCGGCUCGGACCGCGCAGCAACCAGAGCGGCCUGAAGCCCACCGCUCAACACCUAGCCAACAUGUUGAAAACAACUCUGCCGCUCCUCUGUCCCACACGCCGCGCGAGUCGCCCUCCCGGGCUUCCGAACCCCAAUAUGAGUCCCUCCCCAACGGCGACGCCGCCAUGAGGGCGCCCUCCAAGGAUUCCGCCCUCCGGCGCGCCUUCAAGACCCUCGGGCGCAAGCUCCAUGCGCCCGCCGCCGGCUUUGCACGCUGGUUGGCUUCGCCCAAGGGGCGCGGCGUGCUCAAGUGCACCAUUGCCUACACCAUCGCCAGCCUCGCCACCUUUGUCGCGCCCUUGUCCGACUUCCUCGGCCGGCCCGACGGUAAGCACGUCGUCGCCACCAUUACCGUAUACUUCCAUGCCUCGCGCUCUGCCGGCUCCAUGAUCGAGGCCGUUCUCAUCGCCAGCGUCGCCGUCGCCUACGCCGAGCUCAUAUCGAUCCUCUCCAUGGCCACAUCGGUCUUCGUCGGCUCCGCUCUCGGGCUCGUUACCCUGGCGCACGUCCUCGUCGUUGUCGUCUUCAUCGGCGGCGGCUUCGGCUUCAUGGGCUGGGUCAAGCAAAAAAUGUCCAACCCGCUCGUCAAUGUCGGCAGCACCCUGGCCUCGCUCGCCAUCAUCGGCGUAGUCACCAAGGAAAACGCCGUCGUCGACAACGUCUUCUCCAACCACAAGAUUGUGCAGGUCUUCAAGAUGCUCAUCAUGGGCAUCACCACGGCCGCAGCCGUCAACCUCCUACUCUGGAGAGUCUCGGCCCGCACGUCGCUCCGCCAGUCCAUGAACCGCGCAUCGACCUCUCUUGGCCAGAUGCUGUCCGUCAUUGCGAGCGAUUUCCUCCAGGGUGCAGAGGACGAUCCCUCGUCGCUCGCCGAGUUGGCAGCUGCGCAAAAGGCCUACGCCGCGGCCUACCCGCAGGUCAUGACCAACCUCCGCGAGGCCAAGUUUGAGCGCUACUUCCUCGGACAGGAAAAGCUCUAUGCCCUCGAAAGAUCAACCGCCACCGCCAUCUCCACACUCGCCCAGUCCAUUGGCGGCUUGCGCAGUGCAGCCUUUGCCCAAUCCGCUCUGCUCAAGGAGAUACGCGGGCGGACGGCACAAACACCGUUGUCUCCCGCCCAGAGACUCAUCUCUCCCCUCAACAGCCGCUCUUCGAGCUACACGGCGGCUAGCAUCGAUGGCGACAACGGACCGUACUUUGGGAACAAAGCGGGCAAGGCUCCUCUGCAGACGCCGACAGACACGUUUGAGGUCUUUGUGACGAUGAUGGGUCCCCACAUGGAAGCCCUCGCUGACAUUCUUUCUCGGGUUCUUCGCGAUCCGCCCUUUGGCGACGCACCCGACUACGACGUCAGGGUGUUGGACGACUUCAGGUUCCACUUAACCGACGCUUUGAGCGGCUUCAACCUAAGCCGCGCCGCCGCUCUGUCUGAGCUGUAUCUGUUGAUCGACCAGAGUCGAUCCCGGUCCGACAAGACAAAAGCCGAGUUCGAGGAGGUUGCCGCAGCUUGCGGACACUUCAGCUUCAGCUUGCAAAGUCUUGGAGAAGAAAUGUCAAAGUACUUGGACGUCGUCGAUGAUCUCAAGUACGUGAGCGACCGCAGCAAGCGGAGCUGGCGGUGGUUGCUGUGGUUCCGAAAACCCUCCUCUCGGGGCUUGUCCAUGUCGGCCCUGCCUUACGAGCCGACCGACACAUCGAGCUGGAUCAAGCCGAUCAAAAAGUCGGCGGUCCCCAAGGGGAUCCCCGAAUCCAUGGUCGAACGCCGGGAUACCUUUGCCUGGAAGGCGGCGCCCGAGGCCAGCCGAGUGCUUGCCACCAUCUCGCAGCAUGUGCUCAAGUUCACCCGAACUUUGGCGAGAGACGAGAUUCGCUUUGGACUCAAGGUGGGCAUCGGCGCCUCCCUCUGGGCCAUGUGGGCGUUCAUCGACGCCACCCGCGAUUGGUACAUGUACUACCGCGGCGAAUGGGGCUUGCUGUCGUUUAUGAUUGUGUGCUCCAUGACGGUCGGCGCGUCCAACACGACCGGCUGGGCUCGCUUCCUCGGCACCUUCUUUGGCGCCUUCUUCUCCGUAGUUAACUGGAAUCUGAGCCAGGGCAAUGCCAUCGCGUUGGCCUCCUUGGGCGCGCUCGUGGCGUUUUGGAACUUUUUCCUCAUCGUGGCACGGGGCAAGGCGCCGCUGGGACGCAUGACGCUGCUGGCCUACAACGUGUCGACGCUGUAUGCGUACAGCCUCAGCCAAAAGCUCAACGACGACUACGGCGACGACGAGGGCGAAGGAGGGCGGCAUCCGCUCAUCAUCUUCAUCGCCGAGAAGCGAGCCAUGUCGGUGAUUGCCGGCAUCCUAUGGGGGCUCAUUGUGUGCCGACUCAUCUGGCCCAUCUCGGCUCGCCAGAAGUUCAAGGAAGGCAUGUCGAUGCUGUACCUGCAGAUGGGCUUGAUCUGGCGCCGUGGGCCUCUGGCCAUCCUCCUCCGCAGCGACUGCACGCAGAGCUACCUUCGCUCGGGUGAGCAGGGCGCCUUGCAGAGAUAUGCCGACCGGCUCGAGGCGCUGCGACAGGCCGCGGCGUCGGAAUUCGAGCUCCGGGGCCCAUUUCCUUUCGAGACGUGUGGCCGCAUCAUGCGAAGCACGAACCGCAUCCUCGACGGAUUCUACGCCAUGAGUCUGGUCACGCAGCUCAAGGGCAGGCUCACGCCGGGCGAGCGCGCGUUGCUGCAGUAUACUGCCCCGGAACGGGCGGUGCUGUGCGACCGCAUGUGCCACGUUUUCCAGGUCCUGGCCAGCUCCAUGAUGCUCGAGUACCCGCUGACCGACGCCGUGCCGAGUGUCGACGGCGUACGAGACCGCCUUCUCAGCAAAAUCUUUGCGUUCCGCAACGCGCAGGAGGUGUUGGAGCCGGGGCUCCGACGCGGCGAAGGGUCUGCGGGCGAUACCGGGCUGGACAUUGUACUGGAAGAAAAGGACUACGCCCUGCUCUAUGCGUACGCGCUCGUCACGGGACAGGUUGCCGAGGAGCUCAAGGUGGCGGAGCGAGAGAUGGAAAGCCUGUUUGGCGUGCUCAACGAGGAGUCUUUGCUCUUGCAAUGAGCCGUUUGUCGCGGUCCCGCGGAGGGAAGGAGGACGAUACCCAGAAACAAUCUACAAUGUGCAUCUCUUCAAGUUCAUCUAUACUAGGCAGCGUGUAUUUAAUCCACAGAAUUCCCUACUUCCCCC